AUGAUAAACAGAAUACAGAGAUUGUUCAUGACAGAAUACAAAUCCUUAGAUGAUAUGGUGUUGGUUGAAAGUCCUUUUGCUGAAACUACGAAAAAUGGAAUCGGAAUUAGACAGGUGAUCAACAAAAUUAAACAUCUUGGUAAUAAGUAUUUUGGAGCUGGCUACACCCAGCUGGUUCCUGGUUCUAUACCCACCUUGAUUGUCUGGAUAUCAAGCAGUGGUGAUAUUAGAUUUUUAUUUGAGAUUGUUCAUAUAGGGCUAACUCCUACGAAGCUAAUUAUCGCAGCUGAUUUGCUACCAAAAGCUUCAGCAAAAAAUGCUUUUGUUCCAAAAUGCAUUGAUCCAAGAACAGAAACUUUAGAACUGGUCACUGUAUGCGGUGUAGAAUGUGUUACAUUGAGUGUAUAUCAUCGCAGAAAAAGGCAAACUCUGAAAGCUCACUUUUGCAAUUCUAUAACAACUUAUUAUGAACUUGGCGGAUUUGUCAUGAGAGCGGCUUAUUGGAACCUUUGGUGCGAGCGUGUAAAAUAUCUGAACCCCGACUCGGAAAUAGUACGUUCUUGUUCUGAAACUUCAGCAGCCUCCUCGUCAACAUGUUCAACGCAGUAUGUUCUCGGAAAAACAUGCGGCGCGGGCGAAGGAAGCGUUCACAUGCGUUAUUGUGAUCAGAUAUUUUGCACUCAUGGAGAAGCAAGAAAACCAUCCAUACUCAGUCGAGGUAAAAGUAGACGAAAGGUGUGGAAUGAACGAGAUGUUUAUCUUGGAUCUAUUGAAGAAAUAAGACCGGAAAACUAUAGACCUGCUCAACCAACCUAUAUCGGGAAGGAAAAGUCGGAGCCGGAAGUAAAACUUCUGUAUCGCAAACCAGAAAAGAAAAAAAAGAAAAGAGACAAAUCUAGUACUGAAACCUUGAAAGAAGAUUGCAGUUGCUAUGACGUAGAAAGAAACGAGUCUUCUAUAUCCAGAUUUGCAGAGGGUGUAAGCGAUCAAUGUUCAAGUGGGUUACGUUUAUCAGUUGAUCCGCCACCAGUUGAGCGACAUUCAUUGUUACAAACUCCACGUAAUCCGAACACGUUGCGCCAUUUGGCACCAUUGGCACCACCUUGCCCUCCUGAUCUAGAACCGGCUGAGAUAGCAGACUUAGCAGUUGAUUUAUGGGAAGAAGCUGCUCGAAUUUCCAGAUGCAGGUCGAGAUUAACUAGACACAAAAGGAGAUAUGCUCUCAUUCCUAAACCUCAUUUGUUAAGUGGCUUAGGUCCAUGGACGUUAUCACAAGGAGAACGUUAUUCUCUUCAGGUGAAACGAGCAGUAUCGUGCGUCCGAAUUUGUGGUGCUGCUAACGUUGAUCCAAAUUUAUUGCCAUCUCUUCCACGUCGUUUAUUAACUGCUAGUAUAUCUGAUGAGAAUCUCGGUCGUCUAAACGGUGAUUGCGGGGGUACCAGUGUUAGAUUUGCUGUACAAUCAGAACCUGCACUUCUCUUUUGGACAACAGACUUAUGGUAUCGUCCAAGAAGAGCUCACGAAGCUUACCGAGAACAAAGACAGUAUUUGGGAGUACUGCCGCACCUAUUACAAAAGCGUUCCAAUAGAACAAAAGCAGUAUUAGGCAACUAUUUUAAAUCCAAACCAAAAGUAAAAAAAUGCAAUCAGAAAUGGAACUCUGGUAGAAAUGAAAAUCAAAGUUCUUCAGACCUUCUCACGAUGGAAGACAAGACUCUUAAAAAGGUUAAUUCCAAGUUGUCUGCUGGAUGUUUUGUUCCAUCUGCAGAGGUGAUAGGGGAUCAGCCACGGAAAUCAUCUAAAAAGAGAAAAAAGCAAGAUCCAUGCGCUGCAAUUAGGAAAGCCUUGAAAGUGAGAAAACCAUUUAACGCCUGGAAUUUUGAUUCAACUAUGCUAGCAUAUCAAUUAACAAUGACGGACAGAAAAUUAUUUUUACAACUCACGCCAAGAGAGAUUGCUAAUGUUGUAUGGACACAGACUUCAAGACAUUCUCCAAAUUUGAUCGCGAUUAUUGCGUUUGGACAUCGAGUGUCAUGCCUUGUCACAACUUCCAUUGUUGCCGAAGAUGAUUUAAGAAGACGAGCUCGAUUGAUAGCAAGAUUUAUAUACACAGCAGAGAAAUGCCAUCAGAUCCACAAUUUCCAAAGUUGCUAUAAUGUACUUGCUGGUCUUCAAAGUCCACCAUGUUACAGGUUGCGAAAGACUUGGGCCCAUGUACGAAAAAAGCACGCCCAGAUGCACGAUAUAUUUGAAAAGUUGUGCAAGCUUUAUCGCGAUCCACGUUUGCCAGGAUAUCAAAGAGCUUUCCACUUAGCAUCUAGAACGGCACCGUAUUUACCAUAUUUGGGACACAUCAUAAGUCGAUUGCUGGAUCGUCUUCCUGAGGUAGAUCAGCAUUUUCUCAACUGCAUAUCAUCAUCUAGACUUAUAUUGCAAACGUUGGCAAUUUUCGGUAGAGUCCAGGCGAGACGAAUUUUAGAGGCAAAUGCAAGGGGUCCAACCAGCCGCAAAGAUCGUGAGAGCGAAAACUACAAUCAGGAUGGUAAAGAAGAUAAUGUUUUUUCGCCUGCAAUGAGAAAACGUUUGUUGUCAGCUUUUGGCAUAGAUUCAUCCACAGACCAAUUGGAAGAUAUUUGCGACAGUUCUCCGUCAGUGCCACAAUGGCACCAAUAUUCGAGAGGAUAUACAGAUAUGGAUAUCGUAGAUAAUUGUUUACAGUUUUUCCAACCCAUUUUAGAAGACAAUCGAGUUCAGAAGCUGUUGGAAAUCUUACGAUCAAUUGAUUUAGCUCAAAAAGCAGCUAUGAGGUAUGCUUUGAAAGUUGACCCUGAAGCUGCAGAGUUUCUGUACAGGGCAAGAUAUAAAGAAGACCAGGAAAAUUUUCUUUUGUCUAUAAUUUUAGAACCUUGA